AUGUCUUCGCUACGUCCGGUGUCUCCAGAGCCGAUCUCCGGGGACGAAAUCCCGAUAGGGAUUCCUGCUACCCCAUCAUCCAACAGACUCAGUCUCAAGGUCGUGCGAACUUUAGCCGUCCUCCAAAAAUACUCUACCAUUCCAAUGGGCCUCUUUACAGCGAUCCAUUUAUCAGGCGUCGUUCUCGCUCCACCUAUUGCUGGAAUUGAUAUUGCCGAGCAGGUGAUAUCCAUGGGCCGUGAACUAUAUCAAGCGGGUUCUUCAGAGACUCUUCUGCUUGCGUCAGCUUGCGUUCAUGUCUUGAGUGGCAUAGCUCUGCAAUUUGCCAAAAAAUGGGACAACUAUGUCAAGUACGGGGGAUUGCGAAAGAAAACCUCACCGGCAAUAUCGUCCGCGAAAGAAGCAGAGAUCGAUAAGAGCAGCGGGCUCGGAGGCCUCACAUAUUUAUUGGGUCUCGGGCCUAGACCUUCGUUGAGCUUCAGAAUGCUCGGACUGACACCUCUGCGGUUUUCUGGCUAUAUAUUACUUCCAUUGCUCACGUUGCACGUUUUGCACCAACGAAUUGGGCCCCUGGCAGUGGAGGGAGACUCGUCCAUGGUGGACUUGUCCUACAUCGCUUGGGCUGUCGCACAAAGCCCAUUUAUCAGAGCUACUGGCCUUAUAGCUUUGGUGGGAGUAACAUCCUACCAUAUUCUCGCUGGAGCACUGCAUUAUCUGCGGUGGUUUAGCCGAAGAGCUCGCAAGAAUGCGUACAGCAUCAUAUUUUUCAACACGACCCUGGCGGCCCUCAGUGUGCUAAGCAUUUCCAAGAUCGAUCCACCUUCGGGCUCCACUACCCGGAAAUUCGCUGCUUAUGUGAGCCAUUUUGGCAUCUAA